AUGUGGACAUCUACAAACUCCCCUCCGUUUCCAUCACCCACAGCAACCUGGCACAAUGAUACUUAUCCAUCCAUCUCCCCAUCACGUCCCGAGCUUAGUGCAGCAGGAAAGACAGUUGUGAUUACUGGAGCGGGUAGUGGCAUUGGCCGGGAAACGGCAAUUGCAUAUGCCACUGCCGGGGCCGCAAGCAUAGUGUUGCUAGGCCGCCAUGUGUCGAAGAAGGUGUUCUCUGUGGAUGUUACUGAGAAAGAUGCACUUCAGCGUGUGGCAUCGGCAAUAGGAAGCUGGGAUGUGCUGAUUCUUGCUGCUGGUCACGUUUCGGAUCCCUCGCCGAUCGCUUCCGCAAGCACUGAUUCCUGGUGGCAAGACUUCGAGACAAACGUCAAAGCUACAUUCCUUGGUAUUAUGGUCUUCUUGCCUACUAAGAACGAAUCAAACGCAACCGUCUUAGCACUCACAAGUGGUGCUGUAGCGCUGCCGAGCUCGCUUCAGACGGGACUAUCUGCCUAUGCUUCAUCAAAGCUUGCACAGAUUAAGCUGAUCGAUUUCCUGGCUUCAGACGGCGCAAAUGCUAAUGCUUUGCCCAUAGACCAAGUUCAACUUCCGGCCCACUUUCUAGUUUGGAUGUCUAGCUCAGAGGCUACUUUUCUGAAGGGACGUUCAGUCUGGGCUAAUUGGGACGUGGAUGAGUUGAAAGCCCAGGCCAAGGAAAUAAAGUCGGGAGUGCAGAUGACAGCAGGAAUCAACGGAUGGCCGUAUCAUGCGGAUAGUUAA